AUGUCUCCAGCUGGAGACACUUCUGGAUCCACUACCGCCGCGGACAUUGCACAGCAUGAAAAACCGGACGACCAACAAAAUGAACUCGCCGUUGUUUUCCAAGAAAUCGACCCGGAAGAGGAGAAGAGACUGGUUAGAAAGUUGGACCGUUAUAUCAUGCCCCUAAUGGCGGUUGUCUACUUCUUCCAAUACCUUGACAAAAAUUCGAUCAACUUUGCUGCUGUAUUUGGCCUCCGAGAAGAUCUAAGCCUUUGUGGCGAACAAUUCUCCUGGGUUGUGUCCCUCUUCUAUCUCGGUCAACUUAUCUCGGAGUACCCAGCCGCAUACAUCCUCAGUCGUUUCCACAUCACUCGCUUCGUUGGUGUCACGAUUAUUGUCUGGGGCUUCAUGGAGAUGUGUAUUGGAGCAUCGAACAACUUUGUGGGCCUUGCUGUCACCCGUUUCUUCCUUGGAUUUGCUGAAGCCGCAGUCUCCCCCGCCUUUAUCAUCAUUACAUCCAACUGGUACCGCCGUGACGAGCAUCCCAUACGUGUAGCUACAUGGGUUUCCAUGAAUGGCAUCAGUCAAAUUGUUGGCGGUUUACUGAUGUAUGCUCUUGGCCGUACGGAUAUGGCCAUACCGAGUUGGAGAGCCAUUUUCCUCGUAUUUGGAGGACUAACUGUCGCAUCCGGCAUUGCGUUCUUGACGAUGAUGCCAGUGAAUACUACGACCGCGUGGUUUUUGACUGAGCGAGAGAGAGAGGUUGCCACGAUGAGGCUGGCUAUUGACCGGGCUACUCGUGACAAAGCAGACUUUGAUAAAAAACAGAUGGUUGAAGCAUUCAAGUCACCCUUGACAUGGUUGAGUUUUAUGAUGGCAUUAUGCAUCACUCUGACUGCACCUAUCUUAAAGUUCUCUUGUAUAGCCAUCGAAGGCUUUGGUUUCUCCAAGUUCCGUACAAUGCUCGUUAGCCUUCCCGCUGGAGCCCUCAACUUCAUCACCGUCUGGGCUUCGGCCUUGGUCCCCCAUUUCUUUCCCGGAACAAGAAUUUCAUCAGCUGUUUGCCUCAUCACAUUCCCUCUUAUCGGCUCUAUAUUGUUUCUGGUUCUGCCAGAACCUGCCCCCGAUUGUCCUUGUUGGGGUAUUGUGGUUUCUACAUGGCUAGCAGGCUGUACUUCUGCUCCCCUCUGCUCAUGUGCUGCUCUCCUGGCCAGCAAUGUCAAAGGAAACACGAAGAAAAGCAUUAUAAGUGCCGGGUUCUUCAUUGCGUUCUGUGUAGGGUCCAUCGCAGGCCCACAGGCGUGGCUCGAAAUAGAAGCCCCGCGGUACAGAACCGGUUGUAUGCUCAGUAUCGCCAGCUGGGCUGUUCUGGUGUUGGUGCUACUCGCCUACCAAACCAUACUCAGAAGAAAGAAUAAGAACCGUGAACGCAAAGCCGCCGAGGGGUACGCGGAGUAUAAAUCUGGAGGUCAGGUUGAUGCGAGAAGCCAUAUUCAGAUUGGUGUGUCCGAAAACUCGGAUCUUACCGACGUAGAGGACAAAGGAUUCCGAUAUAGCACCUAG